AAAAUUGUUGCCCUAUUCUCGUGCAUUUAUAUACUUCCGGAAAACUAUUGCACGUAUAAGUUUAGUAAGAUGGAAUUACUUUGAAUCCUUGGUCUAGAAGUUGUUCGUUAAGAGCUCGUACCUUCCCAUCAUAGUAAUAUCUUUGGUAAGGUGGAUAAGAACCAGGCUCUGAUAAAUCCCCACAAAAAUCAACUUGGUACAAACAAACACUACGAUAAAUCUGGAAAGCCUGAUACUCCUGCAUAUUCUAGUAUGAACAUGUGUUGAUUUGGGUCAUUAAUUUAAAACCGAAAAUAAUCAGCAAAUCGCAUUAAUAAUAUAUUCUUUCUUGUGAUUCAUUGCCUUGGAAAGAAUAAAAAAUAUGUUCAAUUAGAUCACAUAAAAAGUAAGUUUUAUAGAGAUUAAAGGAAACAAAACAAAUAAUUGACACUACUAAAAUCUCAUCCAGUAAACCACAUAAUAAGAUUAAUGCACCAUGGCAGAUGGUGGCUUUAGACUUAUUUUGCUUCUCCUUCUUCACUUCUGCAGUUCCAUUCUGCACAUGUUCUCUGCAUCGCUGCCCGGAUCCUCCUCAUAAUUGAAACAAUUGAAAAUGACGAUGUACAAAAUCAUUUAGGAAUGAAAGAAAAUUGGAAAGUUUGGCAAAAGACUGAAACAGAAAUUACAACAAUUGGAAAAAAUUGAAACCAAUAACUCUAAAAGAAUGAAACAAAGAACGGAUUUCAUCGCUUGAGUGAGAAGCGUUUUAAUACAUGAACACUACCAAACAACCAAGCAUCCAUAUUUGUUAUUAUCCGACUUUCAAACAUUUUCUAAAUUUCAUGUCUAAUCAUUACCCAUUUGGAAGCCUUCACCAAAAAUUAAACUUAUUUUUAUAUCUUGAAGUAUAUUAAAACAUAAAAUUAUAUAAAUCAAUAUAAAUUUCCCAAAAAAAACAUAAAUGGGAUAAACCUAUUUUGGCAAAAUCCACAUCAUUUGUUACAAAUGUACAAAUUUGCCCCUAAAAGUGUAAAAAGGGAAAGAGGACGUGAACUUUUCCUAAAGAUAAUCCUCAUAAAUGGGUGGAUUUAGCUAAAUGGGAUAAACAUUUUUUACACUGGAGCCUUAUUUGUCAAUUGUCACAUAGAGUUAUAGAUACUCAGAGCCACAUAUGUCACAUAGAUAAAUGUUUACAAUGAGAAAUGGUCCUUCUCUUUUGAAACUUACAUGUUUUAUCCUUAACUACUAAGUACUAUUAUUGUUAUUCUCAGUUUCAUGUCUAGGCUUUUCCUGCUGCUUAUUAAAAAAGAAUUAACACUAACCACAAAUGUCAUGAAAAGCAUUAGUUGAAGGGUGGAUGCAUAUUUAAGGAAGGAAGAAUCUUAGUAGCAGAUGAUAAAGACCUAAGGAAGAAGAUAGUUAAACAGUUUCCCAGUACACCUAGUGCAUGGCAUUCGAAAGUUCUAAGAACAAUCAAUCAAAAGGAUAUAAUAGGGAGGAAGUUAAACUAUUUGAGCAGAAAAAUGACUCUUGUCAAAGGAACAAAGCAGAUUCACAAAAAUCCUUUUACUUGGUCCUGCACCUUGAAUCAUACCAGAAAAUAAUUCCCUUAGUAUUUAAAGGGUUGUUUUGGAGAAUGGAAAACUUUGGGGUGUGUACAAAACCUAUUUCCUUGAGUUUAGUGUUCUAUGAAGAAUGUAAAUGAAAAUGGUUGCUGGAAUAUUAUUUAUACCCGAGUAUUUUUCAUAUCCAGAUACAAAUUUUCAUUCUUUCUAGUUUUUUUACACUUUCAAAUAUUCAAACCUAUAUGCCUUCAAUUCCCAAGUAAUUUUUAGUUCCAAUAGAUCCUAAUAGUUUGACUGUGAAUAUCAAUUGGAGAAAAUAAAAAAAAUAUUUUGACCAAAUGUUAUAAUGGCACUCAUUCUAAUGUUCGCUAUACUUUUCUCUUUACAUUCUUUCACAUAAAAUUUAAGGAUUGAAUGAAAAUAUUUCCAUAAGCUAAUCAUCCAUUCUUGGAGAAUUAGAAAAGAAAUUCUUUUAAAAUUAUAACACACAUCAUGUUAGUGGGAAAAUAGCAAUGAACACUAAUAUGCCAACUCACCUUCACGUAUGCACCAACACAACCACCAUAGAUGUACUUCUGGUGUCUUUCAGGAUCAAGUUGUUUGGAUUCCGUGCAGAAUCUGGCAAAUGUUUUGUCAGUGUCAACCACGUGAAUAUCACUAUCUAACUUAGCCAUAUUGCAUGUAUCUGCAAGAUUAGCUCUAAAACACUUUACUUCAUCCUUUCAUCUGAUCCAUAGAUAAAGAAGGAAAAGCCACCAAAUGAGCGGAACUAAAAGACUUAUCUUCAGAGAAACUCCCAUAUAGUAAUCCCAGCACCCUUAGCCUUCUCAACUUAGCAGAAAGAGAACACUUUGGUUCACCCACUAUAAUUAGUUCUAACAUUAGACAUUGAGAUAGUGAAGGUAGUUCCAUUACAGAGGAAGAAUGAGAGGGGAAUUGAUUCCACGCACCCUAAAUUUUAGCAGUGCAAUGAAGCCACUCCUCCACGUGAAACAAUUGAGCAAUGCCAGGGGAAAAAUUUAAUACUACAUAUCCCUUAGAGGAAGAAACGCAAAAAAUAAUCGGCACAUAGGGAAGGUGGAAGGAACUAUUGCAAGAAACGAUAAUAGGAAAUUAGAAGCCACUGAAAUAGAAUACAGGGGAACAAAAAAUAACAUUUUUUUAUUCCAAAAAAAAUGAUAAACACCAGAUGUGAUAUUUAUGAUCAUUAUUUUUCCUCUUUUAAUGACUUAUAAUGAAUAAAUGAAUGCAAUGAGAGAAGCUAGAUGUUAAUAACAGUAUUCAAAUACCCCUUACCCCCCCCCCCUUAUAUUUACAACCAAAGAUUAUAUCAAUCCAGUGGUGCAAAUUUUUAGAAACAUAAACUGACUCAAGAGCUUCCAUGUGCUUCUUGAUGAAGUCUCAAAAUAUCAGGAUCGAGGUUAUUAAGUUCCAAAGAUUAGUGCCUAUCUCCAUUAAAUUGUUUACUUAAACUAAAUUUUAAUCAUUGCAAAUUUUAAAACAUAGCUGAAGUGCUCAAGCUCCCCACAGAAUUGUUCAAAGCGUUUUCUCACAUUACAUUGGGUAAAGUCCACCGUUGUGAUUAAAACUACUAUAACAUCAUAAGAGAUGCUUCUAUUUUUCAACAAUCAUAUACAAUCUGCAAUAAAAGUAAAGAAAUUAAGUAGUCCCACCAACUAAAGAUCAUUUCAUUUCAUCUAUUGGUUUCCUAGAUCCUAGGCAUGUGAUGAAAUAAUGUAUCUAGUGCUUCAGACACUAAAGGUGGCUGUAAGUGCAAGUUAGUGCUCAUGGGUAUGGUUUAAGGGUACUGAUUAACUAAAAACCACUUAGCUGUACAAUUUAUGGUAUUCUAUAGCCCAUUGCAUUCUUUUAAUAUUGUACCAUGAAGACUUAAAAUGCAUUAUGAUGUACAAAGUUCAAGUAGAUCUAGUUAAAGGUGCACAAUUAAGAUUGAAAGAAGUAAUGGCCAACUGCAAAAUUUUCUAGUGAAUAAAGAAAAUUUGACAUUCUUCACCAUUGCACACCACGAUUGACAAAAAAAACUUAAUUGCCAUGGAGUUUUAGGGCGUGUUGUUUUCUCGAAGGUUUCAACUUC